AUGGCAACGUACCAGAUUCCAGCACCAGAACCAAUGAAUUGCAAUGGCGAUGUCGCAAACAACUGGAAGAGUUUUCAUGAAGCAUAUGAAGAUUAUUUAAUAGCAACAGGCUUAGAUCAGAAAGACAAGAAAGUUCAAGUGGCCACGUUGAAACGUCUAAUGGGAACUGAGUGCAAGAAAAUACUUAAAAGACUUCAAUUAUCAGAGGCCGAUAUGAAAGAUCCAGCUAUUAUUCUUGCAAAGCUGCAAGACCAUUUCGUACCAGUACGAAAUAUUCUGUAUGAGAGAUAUAUUUUCCAUAACACUGAACAGCAAGUACAUGAAACUAUUGACCAGUUUCUUAUAAAGCUCAGGCAAUUAGCUGAGCCAUGUAACUUUGGAACACUAGAAGAUGAGAUG